AUGGCUUCUUUUUAUUUCUAUCUUUCUCUUUUUCCUCCCGCCCACUCUUUGUCUUCUUUCUUACACUCAUCAUUGUCUGCCCAUUCACCCUUACACUUUAUUUUGUCUAUGAAACUCCGCCUUUCCCUUAUAUUUAAUUCGCUUCUUCUUCUUCUUCUUCUUCUUCUUCUUCUUCUUCUUUUCGUUUUUAUUCAUCAUGUCUCUAUCUCCUCCCCAUCACACUUCUCCUCUACUUUCUCUUUCCUCAGAUCAUCAUCAUCAUCAUCAUCAUCAUCGUCCUCGUCGUCGUCUCUUCUUUCUCUUUUUAACCACUCCUUCUCUCUGUUUAUCUCAUGCUUUCUUUCUGCUGUUUUGUCUCUUUCUUUCUCCUCCUCCACUUCCUCCUCCAGCCAUUCUUACCCCCCCCAACCUUUUCCCGCUUUUCACUCUCUUUCCUCCUCUUUGUUUACUUCAGCGGUUCUUUUCCGCUAUAUAUUUGCCUUCUUCUUCAUCCUCAUCAUCACGAUCUUCUUUCUUUUUUACCAGUUUUUUUUUCAUCUUCUAUUUCCUUUUCGCCGUUCACCAUAUUCUUAUCAUUAA